AUGGUGAGCACGGCGGAUCUCAUCGAGAAGGAGGCCGAGCUUGCUUGGAGAUCGAGGCAGUUCGAUCUUUCGAAGCUGGCGAAGUCCCGUACGCACUUCGGGCCUCUUGGAGCAUUGCCCCCCAAGGAGCCGCCCACGACGGACCCCGCUCUCAGAUUUGUUACCCGAGCGUGCAACCGCCCACUGCUCCUCCCCGAGGUGCCCGAGUAUCCGAUGCGCAAAGUGCGCAGUGCAGGUGAGCUGAGGCCUGCUUCCACGCCAAAGCCCCUGAGCCGCCUGCAAACUCCCUCACGUCCAGGCACGGUGGCUUCCAAAGGAGAAGUCGCAUCCGAUCCCAGGCCUGCGCCCAAGGUUUCACGCUAUCAAAAGCUCAUCACGCUGUAUGAGCGCGCCAUGCUCGGUGACUUACGCCCAGCAAUGACCCAGCUGCCGCGGAAGUUCUGA